AUGUCGGGGGCGCCGUUUCCCAACGUCUACACUCACCGCAAGGUAGCAGAGUCAUCGGCCAAGGCGUGUGAUGUCUGCUACAAACCCAGCAGCUCCGUGCUCAUCACCCCUGACAAGAAGGACCGGUAUUUCUGUACCCCCAAAGUAGAUGAGGAGGCAGAAAAAGCCAGACGGGAUCGAGAACUGGCCGAGGAGACGGAGAAGCUGAAGAGAGAAUACGAGGAGAAGCAGCGCAAGAAGAAAGAGAAGUCCGAAGAGGACAGAAAGGACGACGCCGACAAGAAGGAAGACGACGGGAAGAAGGACAGCGGGAAGAAGGGCGAUGAGAGUACCAAACCUGACAAGAAAUCUCCCAAGGAGAAGGAAUCCCCCGAGCCCGAGAAAGAAGAGCCUCGGGUGUUCGAGCUCAAGAGCCCCUUUUACCAACAGCGACUGCAGAGGAAACGUCAGGCUGAGGCGGCCAAGAGGGAUCGUGAGCGUGUCUCUCAGCCAAACUACUUCCCAUCCGUACCGACGGACCUACCGACGAAAUGA